AUGCAGCUCUUCUUGUUCCUGCGUCUGGUUUUAGGUGUAUGGUAGUACGGGCACCAGCAGCCUUUGUUUGACCCUGAAACACAACAGCCAGAUAAAGAAAAAUCAAAGAAAUAUUCAUCCUCAAUAUAAUCCAUACCAUAUAUAUAGAGGUGACACAAAAACCAUAUAAGUUUUAUCGUGUUGUGGGAAUUCAGCUUCUCUUCUGCUAUUGACUUUUCCUAACCAAACCGAUGAUGAUUUCAGCAGACAAGGCUCUUCAAACAGUGCUAAGCGUGGCUCAGCGUCUACAUUCUGUCACUGUUCCGCUACACGAUGCUUUUGGCAAGGUCUUGGCCGAGGAUGUUUAUGCUCCUGACCCUUUGCCCCCUUACCCAGCUUCUGUCAAGGAUGGAUAUGCUGUAAUUGCUUCGGAUGGACCAGGUGACUAUCCAGUUAUUGCUGAAGCUAGAGCUGGGAAUGAUGGAGUUGGAGUGACCGUGACUAGUGGAACUGUUGCAUAUGUGACGACUGGAGGACCAAUACCUGAUGGUGCUGAUGCAGUUGUUCAAGUUGAGGACACUGAACAAAUUCAAAAUAGUUCAGGAUCAAAGCAGGUCAAAAUAUUGGUGCAGACUAGCAAAGGUGCUGAUAUUCGUCCAGUGGGAUUUGACAUUGAGGAAGAUUCCAUGGUGUUAAAAUCUGGAGAAAGGGUAGGUGCUUCAGAAAUUGGCUUACUUGCUAGCAUGGGUGUAAUGAUGGUGAAGGUUUAUCCUACCCCAACAAUUGGUGUGCUUUCUACAGGAGAUGAACUUACGGAACCAACAACCAAGUUUCUAAAUCGUGGCCAGAUUAGGGACUCCAACCGUGCUAUGAUACUGGCAGCUGCAGCAGAGCAGAAGUGCAAAGUUGUUGACCUUGGUAUUGCUAGAGAUGAUGAAGAAGAAUUAGAGAGGAUCUUGGAUACUGCUUUAUCUGCUGGUAUUAACAUUCUUUUAACUUCUGGAGGUGUUUCCAUGGGAGACAAGGAUUUUGUCAAGCCAUUGCUUGCAAAGAGGGGAACUGUGUAUUUUAGUAAGGUUUUCAUGAAACCAGGGAAGCCCUUGACAUUUUCCGAGAUCAAUUUAAACCCUGUAGAGGGUUCAAUUCACAACAAAAUUCUUGCAUUUGGGUUGCCAGGAAAUCCAGUGAGCUCUCUGGUUUCUUUCCAUCUUUUUGUGGUCCCCACCAUCCGCCAUCUUGCUGGAUGGGGAAACCCUCAUCUUUUCAGAGUGCAGGCCUGUCUUCGCCAGCCCAUAAAAGCAGAUCCAGUUCGACCAGAAUUCCAUCAUGCCAUUAUUGGGUGGGAUGUCAACGAUGGCUCAGGCAAUCCUGGUUUUGUUGCAGAGAGCACUGGUCAUCAGAGGAGCAGCCGGCUUUUGAGUAUGAAGUCAGCUAAUGCUUUGUUGGAGUUGCCAGCAACACGCAGUGUCAUAUCUGCUGGGACUGUUGUGUCAGCCAUUAUAAUUUCUGACUUAAGCAGUACUGCCUUUUGCAAUAGUUCCUUAUCGUCAAGUUCAACUUCGGCUUUGGAAGGAAUUGUAUCAAAAGAAAUAACUGCAGAUGGGUCUCAGAAUGCUGAGUUCAAAGUAGCUGUUCUUACAGUGAGUGAUACUGUUGCAUCAGGGUCUGGGCCUGAUCGAAGUGGUCCUCGAGCAGUUUCUGUUGUAAAUUCUUCAUCAGAAAGGUUAGGAGGAGCGAGGGUAGUUGCAACAACUGUGGUCCCAGAUGAUGUGAGCAAAAUUAAGGAUGUUUUAAAGAGAUGGAGUGAUGUCGACAAAAUAGAUCUGAUUCUUACCCUCGGUGGCACUGGCUUCACCCCAAGAGAUGUAACCCCUGAAGCAACCAAAGAGUUGAUCGAGAAAGAAACACCUGGUCUUCUGCAUGUAAUGAUACAGGAGAGUUUAAAGGUGACACCAUUUGCUAUGCUCUCACGCUCUGCAGCUGGAAUACGGGGAUCAUCAUUGAUCAUCAACAUGCCUGGCAAUCCAAAUGCUGUUUCUGAGUGCAUGGAGGCUUUGUUGCCCGCCCUUAAGCACGCAUUAAAGCAGAUAAAGGGGGACAAGAGAGAGAAACAUCCCCGGCAUGUCCCUCAUGCACAAGCUGCAGCUGUUGAUGUGUGGGAGAACAGUUACAAGUUAGCCUCUGCUGGUGGCAAAGAACCUGGUUGUUCUUGUUAGUUGUUCCCCAUUGAAGUAUGGAGGAGCAGAAAGCAUGUAACAGUGUGCUAUAGGAAACACAGAAUAAUGCUGAUGGAUCUUGAAAAAACUGACAGUAACUAUAGAAUGUAAAACUGCAUACACUUACAAGUUUUGUGAUUGGCUUAAACCAGUUACUCUUUAGUUUUCUUCUUUAAAAUACUUCAUUCAAUUAUUUGUUUCAGUUUUAA